AUGCAACAUUCAUUAUGCUCAACUGUAAUUAUAGGUUUCAUAACCUUGUGCACAGUCUUGACAAGACCAAGUUAUCUCGCGGAAAAUCUAGACACUACCUUACGAUUAGGAACAUCAAACCAUGGGACCAUCAAGAUAUCACAACUUGGCAAAGUAGAUCCAUUGUCAUCAACACUUGCACCAUCAUUUACAAUCUCAAAACUUGCCAAUCCUUUGGAUCUAACACUUGGACCAACAUCUGAACUCACAACAAAAAAUGUAGUAUCACCAAAAAACCAUAAAUUUUCUGACACAUCAGGAAUUCAAAAGACAAAUCUGUUCAAACAUAUACCACAAGAAAAGCUUUCCUUUGGGUCCACACCAGAUGUUGAAACGUGGCUGGAUCAUCAAAACAUACAUAUCAGUGUCACAAAACCAGUAUCACAUCUACUAGGAGAUCAUCACAACACCUUACCCUCUAACAACUUGAUGCUCAAACCCUUUCUAUCUAGUUUUUUGACACAGCCCCUUCAAGGCUCUGGUUCAAGAAAUCUGCAUAUUCAUCAAGUUCCAACUCAUAGGCUACCUAGAUUUUCAGGGCCGAGUUCAGCUCAAGGCAUUCCAACACGUGACUCAUCUGUACAAAAACCCGCAAUUAUCAAGCUAGAUAACCCUCACCCAAAGAUUGGCCCACCCUUUCAUCCCACGCAAAAGUUCAAGGUUCCAGAGGAGACAAAAGUCCCAGGGACAUAUAGCAGUCGGCAUGAAAAAUUACCAUCAUCUCGAAGAAAAUAUCAAAAUGUGAUUGACCCUCACGGUAAGAAAACCAACACUGCAAUACGUGAAGAUAUGUCUAUAUUGUCAAGGGUUGGAAAAAUGGUGCUCAAAGAUAGUGUUGCAUUUGGGGAGGGAAUUAAGGGAUGGCUCAUUGUCUUGAGAGAUACAUUAAUACAAAGAAUUGUGGCAGAGAAACCUGUUGGUAUAGAAUCUAGUGAUAUAGAAAGAGCAUUUUGUCGGGCCAAGCAGAAAUUUGUACCCACUUUUAUUGGAUUUCUGAUGACAAGAUACAACAACCCAAGUGGCAAAAGCAGGAAGAAACUUUUAAAUGGGGGAUGGGAAUACUUGAAGAGCUACAUGAAUGAUUGGCCAGAUCUGAAUUUUGAAGUUGCUUUCAAGCUCAAAGAUAUCAAGGUCGAUAGUGAUGUCUGGGAAUGGACUCCAGACAAACUUCUGAUAUACAUGGUUUGGAUGGAUUCAAGGAUUAUAAUUUUCAUGGAUUUCCUAGGAGAGUUCACGGACUCGAGUAUUUUGGACGUCAUACUUAAAUGUAAAAUUCCCUCGAUUUCCAUGGAAAGUGAUAAGAGUUGUAACCGUGCGAUGACGCAGAUGAUAUAG